GCAAAAUUAUACUUUGUUUAAAGAGUAUUUAAAAAUGAUGGCGAUGUCCUCGUUUCGCGGAAAGAAAGUAAAGCUUACGGUCGUUUUGUGGCUGCCAACCGAAGGCAAAGUCAUCCGCAAAUUCGCCAUAUUGGCUACGAGUUAUUUUGAACUUCGGCGAAAUAUACUAUUGGAAUGUGUGGUAAUUGAAUUGAGAUUAAAUGUAAAAAUAAUUUGCUCGGAGCAAUAUUUUGGAUAGUAUUUCAAUACUUUUUAAAAAGAAACAUUUCAAUUUUCAUAAACAUCAAUUGAGAGGUGUAAUUAAAAGUUAAUUUUAAUCAAAGUAAGACUACUCAACUGAAUUUAAGCCUUGUAAUGGUAGUGUGUCCUAGGCUUAUUAACGUAAACUUGAAUGAUGAUUAAAAAGAAUGAAGAGUAAACUGCCACAUUUAGCCAAUAAACAUAAAGAUACCAUAAAAAGACAUACAUACAAAUUCAAAUACAUGUGGAGACUUAAACCUAACUUCCUAAGUUAAGUCUUAACUUCUACCUACUCAGCCUAUUGUUCACACUCUCAAACAGUCAAAAUAGUAUAGUCAAACUUAAAUAAAUUAUUAUAAAAAUGCAUAUUCCUGUUAUACAUUUAAUAUAUAUAACAGUAUUAACAGGCAGGUGAUAAGUUAGUUGGCUUAGGCUUAGGCCUGCAUAUGUAUAUAAUAAUAUAAUAAUAAUAUUAAUAUAUAUAAUAUGCAUAUUUUAAAAUAAUAUUAUAACUAUAACUAUAAUCUAUAAAUAUAAAUCUUGAAUCUAAACUAAAAUGUAAAAUAAUUCAAAUUAUUUUACUUUUACAAUUCACGACUACAAUACAGUACCGUUCAUACUGAAACUACAUCUUCAUAAUUCAUUGGUAGUAGUUUAAGUUUAGUAGACUGAAAUCAGUACCAAUGACUGGUAAUGACCAAAAAAUUUAUUUAAAAAAAUAAUAGAGCCCUAUACGGUACUGGUAUCAUAAGUUUAAAAUUAGUAGGCCUAUAUCAUAUUAUAUGAUGGGCUAUAGCCAUAGUAAAAUAUAGACUGCUAACAUAAAUACAUACAUUAAGAUAUCCUACACUACAACAUAUAUACUGUAGGUUACAGGUUACUACCAGGUUACAUUUAAUUUAAACCUGUACUGUACCUUAUUUUUAUAGGCUCCACUCUACUAUUUUAUAUAAAACUAUGCCAAUAUUUAUAUAACUAUAUAAUACAUAGGCUUCACUAUAGCCAUAUUUUAGUAUAAUAUAUAUAUUAUAUAUAUACAUUAAUGUUAUUAAUUAUUAUACCCAAUAGGCCUAAAAAAAGUCUAUAGUUACUAAGGCUACAUUGGCUAUAUAUGCUAUAUAAAGUGUAUAAUAAAGUGCUUACAAUACAGGGACCAGUAUCUAAAUGGUAGCAUGGUGGCUAUAUAAAUUAUAAUAUGUAAUAGAUUGUUGCUAUAUUCCUGUUAUAUAUAUAUAUAAUAGAUUGUUGCUAUAUUAAUGUUAUAUAUAUACAUAUAUAUAUAUAUAUAUAUAUAUAUAUAUAUAUAUAUAUAUAUUGUGUGUGUGUAUUUUUUUAUAUUUAUUUUAUAUAUAUAUAUAAUAGAUUUUUUAUAUAUUAUAUAUAUAUAUAUAUAUAUAUAUAUAUAUAUAUAUAUAUAUAUAUAUAUAUAUAUAUAUAUAUAAUGUGUGUGUGUACUUUUAAAUUCAAAAUUGAUUUAUAAAAAAAUUGUACUUAAUCAUUAAGUUAAUAUCAAACAGAUAGGCCUACAUGUCAAUUUCCAUAGAGAUAAGUAGAAGCAAAAGAAACUAUGUGAAACAUUUCCAUUUAGAAAUUAUGAUAUGUGUAUCUGAUAUCUUUCCUUUAUUUGUUUAAUCCAUAGAACCUGUUAUGACAGGAACUGAGGCCCCAGCACUGGAGCACAAUUAUGGCCGUCAACUUGCAAAGCCACUUCAUAUCCAACAAUUGGAAGCCGCCUUAAAUUUAGAACCUUUCAUGAAAUAUGUGGAGUCAGUUUUAUCUCAGAAUACUGACAGCUUGUAAGUAACACUAGUAACAGAAAUAAUUUAAGCUGAAUGUAGGUCACUCUUUCAUCCAUAAUUGACAUCAUUAUGACACAUUUGUGGGCCGACGUUGCGAAUUUGUGAGGCUGUAUUUUGAUGAUGUCUAAAUUUUGUGACAAAGUCGAGAUAAGAGUGGGCAGAAAAUCAGCAAAAAUACAGUUUUAUGAAAGGCCUCAAUAUAUAUAUAUAUAUAUAUAUAUAUAUAUAUAUAUAUAUAUAAUAGAAAACUUUUUUUACAUAUCUUAUACUGGUGCAAGUAUAAAUAUGACCAUUUAAACAUGGUUAAUAACUUAUAGAAUUUGUCAGUGAUAUAAAUGAGAGACAGGGACAUCCAUAUAUUAUAUAUAAAAAAACAAAAAAAACAUAUUUUUAUAAAACGUAUAUAUAUAUAUAUAUAUAUAUAUAUAUAUAUAUAUAUAUAUAUAUAAUAGAAAACUUUUUUUACAUAUCUUAUACUGGUGCAAGUAUAAAUAUGACCAUUUAAACAUGGUUAAUAACUUAUUGAAUUUGUCAGUGAUAUAAAUGAGGGACAGGGCCAUCCAUAUAUUAUGUACCACAUACGCACCGGGGAGGGGGGUUGUCGGCAGAAAUUACUUACAUUUAUUCAUAAAUUCUGCAAUAAUUGUUAUGAAAUUCAAAUUCUGAGACGAUGAAUAGCCUAUUUAUAUCUCUAAAUGCUAUUAAAAAAUUAAGCAAGUCUUUGUAAUUAUUUUUGAAUAAGUAAUAAAUUGGAUGGUCCCUUAUUAACAACGUUGUCUAUUUUAAGUCAAGAGUUAGUGGCUGAUUACUUUAUAUAUUUGAUUAAAGCUUAAAAAUAUAAGCACAGGAUUUAGAACUUAUCUCUGCCUAAAAUUUAAAGCUAAAUAACUAAGAGCAAUUAUUAACAGAAAAUUAAAGACUAUAACUUGGUAACUGUUUCAAAACAUAUUUGCAGUAACCUAAAGAGGAUAAACUAUAUGCUAAUUUAAUCUGAUGGUGUUGCUAAGAUUCUGUAAUAAUAGUUGGUAUCAUAAUAUUCAGAUACAACUCAUUAUAACAUUUAUUGUUCUGCACAAUUAUAGAUUAAUGGUUACUUUUAAUUUAAUUUCUUAAUUUAUUUCUUCUCUUUAAUUAGGGAUGAAAGUGAGUUAUCAGAAAGUGAGGCAGACAUUUUCAAGUCUAGUUUGAAGGACAAUGACAAUAGCAAAGUGGUAAAUGGAAUAUCCAUUUCUAAAUAUGGUGAGAAGAUGGCAAAUAAUUAUUCAGUUCAUAAGUUAGAAGAAACCACUGAACUGAGACAUACAUUUAUAAUUAUAAAAAAAAUAAUUAUCAAAAUUAACAUUAUACACAAAAGAGUGACCUGAUCAAGAUCUAUGUCUGUUAUGAGUGUACCUGGUUGUUACCUGAAAUCAGUGUUGGUUGUACACAGAGACAGGGCAUGUUAAACAGCUGUGUUUAUUUACGCUAGACAUACUGACAUUGUAAUUUUUAUAUUGUGUGCAGAAUAUUAUUUCAAAGCAGUUAUUUAAUGGGUCUCAGAGAAGAGAGUUUGUUGCAAAGGAUGAAGUUUUGUCUGUAUUCAGCAAUGCAUUAAUACAAUUUUACAGUGAUAUUAUAUAACUGGGUACCUAAACUAAAAUAGUUUUGUAUUUAUUGUAUAUUUAUUAUAUAAAAAUGCAUGAUUCCAGAACGAAAAGCUGAUAAAACAAGAUUGUACAAUUUUAGUCAAGUCAAGAAAAGUCGGAGAUGGUUAAGGGUAAGCAGUUAAAUUUGAUUGGAACUUGACUGAUAUACCGGUACUCCCCGAAACCCCAAGUAAUAUCUAAAAAAAAUAAUUGGUUCAUUUCACUAAAUUUUUUCCAAUUGAUGAGUUACUAAAUUUUUUUUACUUAAAAUUAUUCCAAUUAAAAAAAACAUUGCAGCAAUAAUAAAAAGUGACUGAAAGUGAGAGGUUUGUUUAUACUGAUCAAAGUUCACAAAACGUUUCUAUCAAGCCUGUUUUUUUUUUUUAGAGCAGCAUCUCGUAGAUAUAUCUAAUAUAAUUAUUCAAGCAUGAAAUGGGAUAACUGAAAAAGAAACAAAACAAAACCAUUCAACACUUUGCUUACAACUUUCUUCUGCAAACAAAAAAUACAUUUAAAAAAUUGUGCACAACUUUUAAAAAAAAAUUGUUGAAUAAUAGAAUAAUUUUUUUGUUUCUAUAUCUUAUUUAAAAGACAAUCUUACUCAGUGACACUUCAUCGUCAGAGGAUGAGGAGAAGCCUAUGAAAGUUGAAGAUCUUCACUUUAUGCUAGCCAUCCAUAAACAUAAUAAAAAGAACAGGAAAAGAUUCUACCAUGAUCCAGAGGUAAAUUCUUGAUCCAUUUAUAAAUAACCCAAUUUUUUUUUUUCAUUCACACCUUGCCUCUUUUCCUAGAAACUAAAGAACUCAGUUGCCAUUGAAAUAGUUAUUUCUUUUUUUUUCUCACUGCCGUCAACUUAUCUGAAUCAAUAUAUAAUGAUACUGCUUUUACUUUAAUGUUAUCAUAGUAAAUCAUAUUCUAGACCAACAGCUAUGUAUUUACACCUUACCAGCUUCGUCAGUACCAGUAUUGCAGCACUGGUCUUCUAUCAAACUAUGACAGAUAUCCUGAGCAUAGUAAGAUGUUUGUGGGUCACAAAAAGAAAAUGGCAAAAGAACAGAAAAAGCAAGAAAAGAAAGCAAGAGGUUUGAAGGAUUCAUUUUAUAACCUCUUAUUUUUUAGGCAAUCAUUAUUUUUAAUAUUUAUAGUUUCAAACUUGGGGUUUCAAUUUUGUCAAAUAAUUUUAUUUUAAGGAAUAUAUAUUUAUCAUACUGUAAUUUUAUUUCUGUGUUAGCAAAGUUGAAAAAACUGAAGAAAGAUCACAACUUGGAGGAUGAUGGAGAGGUCAGUGUCAUAAAUCUUACUUAUUAUUUAUUUUAUUUAUUAACUCUAGAGCAAUGAUGGAACUAGCUCUUUUUAGUUUUACAUUAAAUUUUUGCUCUGCUUGCAAUAUUCAUGUCAAUAUUUGAUCUGUUUCAUGCCUAUUCCAUCUCAGGAAAUCGAUCCUGCUGUUUUGCAAGCUAUAUUGGCCAAACGACAAGAAAAAAAAGAGAAAAGGCCCAAAAAAUUAACUCCUGAGCAAGCUGAUGCAAAAAGAAGAAAGUUAUGGAUUUCUAUUGCUAAAAAGGAAAUCCCAAGGGUCAGUAGUUACCACAUUCUAAUCUGAUCUUGUAGCAUUUCUUGUGUAAUGUUUUAUAAUUUAAACAACAUUGGUAAUAGGAAAUAAAAUAUUUUUAAAAUUGAUUCUUUGUGAAUCUGUAACCUGCUAACAUUUCAUAUCUAUCAGUAGAUGCAUUAAACAAUUUUGGGAAGUUAUUCAAAGCAUAUAUUUUUUGUUUGUCCUUAUAAAAUUCUCAAAGUAGAAGGCUUAAAGUAAAGUGAUAUCUACAGUUUUACCAGCACUGUUCUUUGCAAGACAGGCCUUUUGUUUUUAUGUAUGAUAAAACAUAUGCAUUGCUUUUUUAAUUUUAAUAAAAGUUGACUUUAGUGUGGCAUUACUUAUCUGUAGAUUGUGAAGCAAUUGUUUUAACACAUUCAAUUAAUCAUAAUUACCUAUGCUUAUUCUAAAUGUAGUAUUGUCAGAGAUGCAAUUAUAGAGAAGUAACAAGAAGAAGAAACUAGUUAGUGAGAAAAUACUUUUUGUUAAAACAGUUUAUUUUUUACCUAACCUUUCUGAAAUUUUUUGAUGCGCUGAUCUUAUUUCAGGCACAAAAGCAGAAGGCAUCAGCAAGAAAGGAAAUGUUGGCAACAAUGAAAAAGGUAAGCUAAUUCUCCUUUGAUUAUUGAUUGUUAAAUAAUAUAAUAUAUUUUAGCAGAUCUAAUUUCUGUUAAAACUUUCAUUUUUAACAUAUAUACUGUGAUAUAUUUGUUCUUAUUUAAAACAUCAAUGGUAUAUAAUUAAAUUUAACAGAUUUGUUUAACAUUUGAUAGUUAUUUUUGCUAAGCUGUGUAUUCUAUGAUUUCCACCAGAUCUCGACUCAAGCAAUGCGUGAAUGUCGCCGGGCUGCUCUUCAGUCACAGAAAACGAUGAAAGAGACACCAUCUCGAGCUCGAAGAUUGACUAGAGAGAUGCUCAUUUAUUGGAAGCGUUUUGAGAAAGUAGAAAAGGAACACAGGAAACGUGCCGAAAAGGAAGCUUUGGAACAAAGAAAAUUGGAUAUUGAGCUGAGAGAGGUUAGGUUAACGAUGUUGUUGAUAUCUUCAAUUACUUGAAUGAGUUUUGAUUUACAUCUUACAAACAGUUGAUAAACAAAAAAGCUCAAAUGUUAGCAAACAAUGAGGAAGUAAGCAGUUAAACUCAAGCCUCAUCCAUAGCAGUUAUAAUCUUGGUUGGAAGAUCUGUACAGGAAAAAAACUCAACAAAUAGGCAUAGCAACUUGUGUAGGAUAUUUGUUUACUGGCUUCAAAACUCCUUGGUUUGAUCAGAUAAUUGUGUUAUACCUACUUUUUGUCUAUUGUUUUUAUGCUCUUCCUCAAACUUCUCUUCUGUUCAGUUACAAAAUUUGUGACAUUUUAUUUGUUUAACUGUUUUGUUUAGGCUAAGCGACAACAAAGAAAACUGAACUUCUUGAUCACACAAACUGAGCUGUAUGCACACUUUAUGGCUCGCAAGAUUACAGGUGAAGGUAAUGAACAUAAGGAAAAAAUAUUGUCUCACCUUGAUGAAAGGAGUUGGGGGAACAGCUCUAGACACGUAAGAGAUGGUGUUUUAGAGGAUGAACUUCAAGACGAUGACUAUGGUGAGACCAAUAGCUAGUUUGUUCUGGCUUAAAUUGAUGUUACUUUUUUUUUUUUUUGCAUACAUACAAUUUUUUUUAGGAAUACAUAAGGAUUAUGUGACAUUUCGGUUUGGGUACCAGGAACAAAUUUAAGCUCAAAAAGCUUUUUAAGAACGUGUUCCAAGUUGUUUAGCUCUCCAGGCAUGAUCAUUGUUAUCAGCAUACUAAUGGUCCUAUUCAUUUUAUAAAAGGGAAGCAAAUUAUUCAUUUACAAUUUUGUGUUGUACAGACGCUGAUCUGUAUUGUGUGGAUAGGGAGAAAAAGAUGGAAUGUGGAUCUUUAGCGUUAACUGUUCUCUUUUCAUCAGAUUGUGAUGUCAUGAAGAAAGUGGCUUUGGACAAUGCUGAGACGGCUUACACUAAAAAUCUGGUGGAGGUGAUCUUGUAAAUUAGAUGAUUAAAUUAUUUUAGAAUGAAGGAUUUUUAGAAUAUUUCUUUUUAAGUGGAUAUAUUAUCACAUGUAAUAAUGUUUUAAGUGGAUAUAUUAUCACAUGUAAUAAUGUUUUAAGUGGAUAUAUUAUCACAUUUAAUAAUGUUUAAAGUGGAUAUAUUAUCACAUGUAAUGUUUUAAGUGGAUAUGUUAUCACAUAUAAUAAUGUUUUAAGUGGAUAUGUUAUCACAUGUAAUAAUUUUUAAGUGGAUAUAUUAUCACAUGUAAUAAUGUUUUAAGUGGAUAUAUUAUCACAUUUAAUAAUGUCACUAGGUUUAAAGAUCAUGAUGUUAAUAACUUUCAAAACUUUGUGCUGACAGUUCUUGCUUCAUUUGUUUUUUGUUUGUUUCAGAGAAGAGCUUUUAAUUCAGAUGCAUGUAAGUAACAAGGGCAAGUUUCUCAUUUUUUUAACAGCAUAAAACAUCUAGGACUAAAGCUUUUCAAAUUAAUUUAUCUUUCAAAUUAAACUAACAAUGUAGCAUAGUGGAAUGUUUUGGUUCAAUCAUCUGUACUCUGUUUGAAUUGCUGUUGUUGCAGUAAACCAAGUUUUGUCUGAACCUAACCUCAGUGCUGAAAAUAACAGUGCACAGCCUGACAUGUUCAAUGGAAAACUUAAAGGCUAUCAGCUGAAAGGCAUGAACUGGGUGGCCAACCUGUACAAUCAGGGGAUCAAUGGCAUUCUGGCAGAUGAGAUGGGUCUUGGUAAGACUGUACAGAGUAUAGCCUUCCUGGCCUAUCUGGCGGAGGUGAGCUUAGUUUCUUGACAGAUCAAAACCAUUAUCAUGAGCAUUAAAAUAUAUUACAACUAAUUUUGUGUUGAAUGUGUUUCUCAGAAGAUUCUCAACUGAAGACAAUAUCCAUAGUUUAUAUUACAGGAAUGACCUGCCGCCUGUAUCACAACUGAGCUCAUUUCUUCAUUCAAUUAGCCAAUCUUUUCAUAUGAUAUUUAAUAUUUAUGUAAAUUAUUUUUUGUGACUUGUGUGCCAUUUCAGUAAACUAGCCCUUCUUUUGGACUUGUAAAAAAUAGAUUCAAGCUAGUAAUCUUAAAUAAAAAUGUUAAAACAAUAUUAUUAUUUAGUAAGCACCAAAAUUAAGGAUUUUUAUAAAUAAAGCUAGGUAAAGGAGAUCAAAGUUUCCACUAGCGUUUCUUCUGUUGCUCUCCUGUUUUCAUGUUAAAAGUUUGGAAGAGAUAAACUUUAAACUAUUGAUUUAUUUAAUUUUGUAGUUUUUUCCACAAUCCUUUCCACCUGUGCUACUUUUAAUAAUUUAGAUUUUUGUUGGCAAUCAUGCUUUUAGUUAUUCCUUACCCUUAAGUACCUCAGGUAAUUUAGAGAUCUUUUUGCAUACCUGUCAAAACUCAAAUAAUUUUGCAUAAUGAUAUGCUAAUUAAAUUUAAAAAAAAUAAAAACUAUCUUUUUAUAACACUUUUUAUAACACUAUUAGAAAAUUCUUUGACAUUUUUUCUUACAGGUACAGAGUAUAUGGGGCCCUUUUCUGAUAAUUGCUCCUGCUUCAACUCUACAUAAUUGGCAACAGGAAGUUACUAGGUUUACACCAAAAUUUAAGGUAUAACUGCAACCUGUGAUGCUUGAGUUUGAAAUAUAUAAAUAAGUUUGUUCAUGUGAGACAACUGCUGCUGAAGACCACAUUAGUGUGAUUAAAAAAACAACUCACCCAAGUGGAAUCUUAUCUAUCUUCAUUUUCAUCAUUAGGUAGUCCCAUAUUGGGGAAACACACAGGACAGAAAGAUCUCACCCAAGUGGAAUCUUAUCUAUCUUCAUUUUCAUCAUUAGGUAGUCCCAUAUUGGGGAAACACACAGGACAGAAAGAUCUUACGAAAAUUUUGGGACCAAAAAUCCUUACACACCGAAGAUGCAUCUUUUCACGUGGUAAUCACAUCCUACCAACUAGUCAUUCAAGAUGUCAAGUACUUCCAAAGAAUCAAGUGGCAGUACAUGGUAUUGGAUGAGGCACAGGCCAUCAAAAGUACUUCUAGGUUGGUAAUAGAACUUUAGACUAGCAAUAUACACAGAUUUGGGAAUGUUAUGUUUCAGUAGAGUGCACUCACGUAAUAACCGCUUUCCUCCAAACCCGUUGGCUGUCACUGUUACUGAGCUGUGUAUGGACUUGAAGGGUGUGAUUGUUUGUGAUUUUUUAAGAAACAUAUACUUGAUUAAUGCAUGAGUUUUAAGAUUGUUAAAUUUAUUAUCAAGAGAAUUUGUCUAUUGUUUAUUAUGUAUGCACACAGUUUUAAAUUUAGGGAUUUGUUAACAUUAGUCCCAACAUGUUGGUGAUCAUAUUUGUUUGGCAUUGCAGUGUGCGAUGGAAAAUACUCCUGGGCUUCAGUUGUCGUAACAGACUGCUUUUGACUGGAACCCCCAUUCAGAACAGCAUGGCUGAGGUAAAAUGAGAUUUCCUACAGCUCAUAAAAACAGUUUUAAAUUAUAAAGGAAACAAUAACAAUAAAUGUCUUGGUUAUCUCACACUAUUAUGCCUAUAAAUAAAAUAUUUUAAAUUUAUAUAGAAGAAUUUAAUUAAAUACUAGAUGCAACCUGCCUUAAAACACUUAUUUUCUUUUACAAGUGCUAAUAAUUAAUCGUCAUCCUUCCGUCUCGUGAGACGAUGGUGCAUCACCGUUGGGUUGGGUUGCAUUUUCUCGAGUGGCUGUGCAGUCCUAUCCUUGAGUGACAGUCUUUACCACAGUUUAUGGGGCCCUUUUCUGCUAAUAUUUAUAAUAUAAAUAACAAACAUGGGCUUUAUUAUUCUAAUGGGCUUUAUUAUUCAAAUAAAUUUUUUAUUCCACCUGUAUUUUUACUUUAAAAUAAAUUUUUUAUUAUUAAAUGAUUUUCCCAACACAUUGUUUCAGUUGUGGGCUUUGCUGCACUUCAUAAUGCCAACUCUUUUUGACUCCCAUGAUGAGUUCAAUGAAUGGUUCUCAAAAGAUAUUGAGAGCCAUGUUGAAAAGCAAUCUGGCAUUGAUGAAAGUAAGUGGGGGGGGGGGGGGGGGGGGGGGGGGGGGGGUAAAUAUCUCCAAAUAUUUGUUUAAAAUAUUUUAAAUGUAUAAUUUGUGAGAAAUGUUACUUAUUUUGUAUCUUGAUCUCACUUUAUAGAUCAGUUGUCAAGACUGCAUAUGAUUCUUAAACCUUUCAUGUUGAGAAGAGUUAAGAAAGAUGUGGAAAAUGAAUUAUCUGAUAAGGUGAGCUUCACAGUUAGUGUGGGUAGUCUGUUAACUGUGAUUUACUUCUUUAAUUGUGGCAAGAAAGCUUAGAUGGCACAUUGUUUCAUGGGUAAAAGAUCAUUGAGACUCAUUUGUUGCUUAUGUAUGAUCUCAGAUUGAAAUCCUCGUGUACUGCCCACUGACAACACGCCAACGCAGCUUGUACCAGGCCAUCAAGAACAAAAUCUCCAUUGAAGAUCUGCUUUACUCCUCCAGCUCAUCCUCAUCACAAUCAACAACCAGCAGCCUUAUGAACAUUGUUAUGCAAUUUAGAAAGGUUAGAACAAAUUUAACGCUGCUUCAUUUUAACCUAUAAAGAGUUUUACUCAAAAGCUAUCAACUUAUAAUUUCUAUGCAAUCAAUAAUUCUCACUUAUAACCCAUGAACUGUGCUGGUUACUAUUCUGUACUUUGCAGGCAAUGUAGAGCUUUUUGGUUGCAUUUGAAAAAGGUGAUUUUUUCACAUGCAAAUACUAUAGCUGGACCCCAUAAAGUAUAUCUUUAUUGAAAUUAGACUGAGUGGGGAAUCAUAUUGGCUAUUUUGUUAAUGCUAUUUUAUACUCUGUGAUCGUUACCUUUACCUUGGAGUGGCCAAGAAUAAAGAAAAUAAUGAAAAGUUUUAUUUUCAAGUACCCCAAACUACAAUUUUUAAAAGGCAUAUUAUUAAAACAUUUGUGUCUAUUGCCUCAAGCCUUCAAACCCCUAGUGCAUGAUUUCCUCAUCAACACCAGUAACAGAAACAUUGCAAAUCCCAUCUACAUGCAUAGGAGCCAAAAUGAUCAAUAAAUUGAUCGUGGGCCCUUAAGAUAUAGAAGAAGAAGAAUAUAAUAUGAUAGCAUAUUUUAUUUAUCUUUCAGAAAAUGUAUAAUUUGUAAAUGUUUUAGUUAUUUAUAGAUUUUUUAAAAAACUUCUUCGAUACUUAUAUUACGUUUAAGUAACCAAGCUUGACAUAAACAAUAUAAACAUUACUAAAUAGCAAGAAACAGAUAAAAUUUUAAAAACUGCUAUAUAAAUAUUUAAUCCAUAAAAUGAAAUAUAAUAAAACAUGUAUAGAACAACAUCCAAUUAUUUUUUGUUGGUACAAAAUCAACUGCAACUUAGUUUUGAACGAGUAGUGAUGUUGCGGCAACGCCUACUCGUUCUAGGCGUAGGUCUAAAUCAUCUGAACUUUCGCUUUCUGACCCACUAGAAAAAUAAUCUGAAUUAUCAUUGUCUUCGUGUAUGGUCAGAAAAUCAUCUUCUGAAGCACUUAAGUCAUUAACUAAAAAGAAUUAUCAAAAAGAUUCCUAACUGAUUUAUUUUGGACGCCAGAUGGUCCAGCUAUGGCCUCAUCCAUUUCACGAUAAUCUACUUACACAAAUUUGCUUGAUAAUGAUCGUUGUAAAAAAUUACUCCAAAGUUUAAAAAAAGGACACAGAAGAGCCAAAAAGGGAAGUUUAUUAUUAAUAGGAAGUAGUUUUAUUUAGUGUAAAAUAUUAGACUCGAAAUUGUUCUUUCAGCGCAAUUUUUAUCGGCCGACACCGUACAAGAAGAGAAAAUUGGCCGAUUUAAUCGGCCGACCACAGUCCUUGGGUUAAAAUUGUAAACUUAAAUAAAGUUUUUUUUGGUUUUUUUUUCUAAAAAGUGAAAGUGGACUGCAACAAAAUAAAAUUAAUUGUCCACUGGGAUAAUGUACAACACUCCAUGCUUUUUUCUUUCGGAAUUCCAUUUAAAAAAACAUAAAUGUUUAAAAUUUGGGUGCAGGUGUGUAACCAUCCAGAGUUGUUUGAGAGGAAUGAACCAAAAACUCCCAUACACCUCCCUUCCCAUACCUAUGUUGUACCCAAGUUAGUCUACAGAGAAGGUAUGGUCAUAUGCUAUUUUAAAUGUUAAAUUGAAGAUACAUUUAUUUCACAUCUUAAUAGUUUUAGCAUUACUGUGCAUGCAUUUAUUAAAAAUCAUUUGUUUCUGACUACAAAUGUCAAUGUGUCAGGACUUGUCCAUUAGUGUUAAAAAUCAUGAACAUUCAGUGACUUCCAGAUAAAUUACUCUAUGUCAUUAAAUUUGUUUUUGACUUACUUAGAAAAAAGUUAAACUUAUAGUGUGAAUUUUUUUCUCUUUCAUUAGGUUUCUUAGAGAAUCUCCAGAGUUUGCAACACAUCACCUUUAACAAAUUGUACAUAUUUUCUCCUGACAAUAUUCAUUCAGAUCUAUUUCAUUCAUCAAAUGGUAAGUCCUCAUAUUCUUGAAUGUAAGAGUUUAUAUUAUGCCAUUUUGAAGAACCUGCAGAGCAGCGGUUUGAUUUAGCCUUAAGAGAGAAAUGAGGAUAUAUUUUAGAGCCGCCUGAUUAAACUCUUGUCUGUUAUUAAGAUUUGUAACACCAAGCACUUGACCAACAAGAUUGAGACCUCUGCUUUAGAGGUAACAGUAAGCCCACAAGACCUUAGGAAAGAAGGCUUUGUAUACGGAAGGGCAAAUUUUUAAAAAAAAUGUUUUAAUAUAGAUUAUUUUUGGUAACAUAGUAAAUUAAGGUUCUGAGUAGCUCCUUAAACAACAUACCUUACCACUAGUAGUACAUGUUCCAUAUUUUGAGAAUCACUGAAUUGCACUGUACUUGCAGACAAGUUAUUUGCAUUGAAACAGUACCAGUUUAUAAUAUGAUCACAAUUUUUAACUGAAUCUUGUACUCUCUUCAUCAAAUUUGACAAAAAUUAAAAACUCUGAACAACAUGAGUAUUUAAUUGACCCCCUUUGGAGUCGAUCUUGAGAUGACUUAUUAAGUCUAGUAUAGCCCGCUGAACAAAAAACAGUAGCAUCCCCUCUCAAAUGUGCUAAUAUUCUCUAGUUUUUACAUGUCUUAUGAUAUCAUUAUUUCUCAUCCUUACUCAGGUGCCAAUUCUGCCAGCUGUUUUUCCUUCACACGCCUUAUAAACUUGUCUCCUAAAGAGCUACAUGCCUACAUGUAUGGGGGCUUGCUAACAAGGUAUAUAAAUUAUAGCUUUAUAUAUUAGCUAAGAAUUUCAUUUAUUAAAUUGUAAAUUACUUUACAUCUUUAUGUUUGCUGUUUUAAUUGCAAAAAUGCAAUAUAUUUAAUGCUGAAACUGUUGUGUUUAAGGUGGCUUGGAGUCUUCUUGUUAUUGAAGGCAGCUUAUAGGAUACAUCAACAUUUCCUUUGGCGUGAAGAUAACAAGUAAGUUAUCCGUACAUUAAUUGAAUUCAUUUUUAUGCAAAAAUAAUAUAUAAGGCAGUCUUACUCAGGCAGUCUUAACUUUAAUCUUUUAUAAGUUCAUGUCCUUAAAACUAUUUGGCUUUUUUCCAACACUAUUAAAGACUACUUCUAUUUAUGCAUACCAUUAAUCAACAUGUUUUUUCUUUUAGUUUCAACUCAAAAAGCUGUCUGCAGUUAGAGCCACUCAGAACAACCAGUAUAACUAGCAUACAUUUGAGCCCGGUGCUCCAAGACCUGGUAUUCACCAGUUACACAUCCAGGUUUUACACAUAUCAAAAUGCAGUGCUUCAUUACAUACCAGAAACAUUUGCACAUCGACAGAUCAGGCUGCGGCGGCUGAGACAGCUGUCUGGGAAAAAAACUCCACUUAGCCCACCUAAUUCUCCAACAAAAGUAAGAAGAAAAUGUAAUAUUUAAUUCACAUAACUUUUGCUAAAUGGAAAACUAGAUGACCAUGAUGUUUUGCAGGGAUUGUUUUAUAUGUCGCUGAAAUACCACAUACCACAUUGGUAGGAAAAACUAAAAAAAUACUUACAAAAUAAAUAUUUCUCCCAAAAUUCCCAUCUUUUUGUUGGAGGAGCCUUUAAAAAGAUUACUUCUAGCUGUAUAUUUCAUUAUUCAUUUUAAGUCACUUAAUGUAUCAGGAGUACAAUUUCUGUACCUUACUUUGUCAUUUUGUUCCAAGAAAUAGAUCAUGUAUGACUUUUUGAAAUCAAAUUUUCCCUAAAUGAUUCUUGUCUUUGUCUCAAGUCUCCAGGAAAAAGUCCAACAUCAGCACUAAGUCCCACUGAAGAAGUCAGUUUGCCACUCCACCCUCACAAAUACCGCUCACCUCGGGUUUUCAAGUGUAUUAAGACAGAUGUACCCAACUUCUUUUUCUUGCUUGUUUUUAAGGUAGGUCUUAGUUUAGAUAUUACCCAUUUGUAUGCUAUAAUUUUGUAGUUUAUUGCAAAAUGGUUGAAAACUUUCUGUGAGACAUGGAUAAAGGUAAUUGACUGUGUAGAUAAUGUGUUAUCUAAAAAUUUCUUUCUGAUGAGCCAGGCAUGCUUAAACCAACAUAAUGCGUAAGUAAAAAAUGCCUCUGCAUUCAAAGCAGUUUUUAAAAAUGAGGGCCGUCCCUGAGUCCUGCCUGUGCCUAUCAUAGGUCAAGAGAGGCAGAGGCAGCUAAACUUGUUCAGGCCCUCAUUAGAUGUAAAAAGCUAGAUUAUAGUUUAAAAAAUCUCAAAAUUUAAAGGCUCUAAAAGUACUACAUUGUUAAAAUAAUUACGAUGUAUUACAGCCCAGUCAGCCCUCCUUUGGAAGUUCAUUAAAAUACUGGAAUCAGAUUUUGUUCUAUUUCUGUGGUAAAAAUUGUGAAACACUAAAAUUCUGUAAUGCGUCUUAAAAUUUUCACCCAAACCAAUCAUGAGAUGCUGAAAAACACCACCACAAUUAAAUUCCCCCAAAUUACCCACAAGUACCUGCAUGCUUUACUCGGUACUGUGCUCAUUAAGGGUGCCUAUCAGACUAACCAUCCAGGGAUUGCUAAAGAUUAAUUCUCUGCCAGAAACAUAGUUAGGAAUUUGAGAAGCUGUUAUUUAGAAAUAUAGCAACUAUUUUGUUGUGUGCUUACAGGUGACAUGUCCAGGUAUUGUUGAAUACACCAGUGAUCGCAGCGCCGAAUGGCAUCGUUUGAGAAAACUAGAAGGGGGCUCAUCAGAGGCCAAGCAAGCAUUAUGGUACGGAUCACCUGAACUUUACACGGAUGCUUGUCAUGCGUCACGUAGUUUCAGCCCUACUGAAAGAGCUGGCUUGUCUGCCAUAAGCCCAUAUUACGGUUGGACGCAAGUACAGAUACCAGGUAAGUCUGUCACAGAGUUAAUUUUCAACAGUUUUAACUUUGCAGCCUUUAAUGCAAAUAUUCAGGUUUAAAAAAAAAAUCAGGAAUGUAUUGCAUAGAACAGACUAAAUGUUGAUGCUGUCUUAAGUAGAGCAGGGUAAAUGGGUGAAACAGAAAUAUUUAUUAAAUGUUGAUCGUUUGAGUGACUUAAAAUGUCUUAUUUUGGAUUUGCCGUUACAGACAAAGAGUCCUUGGUGAGUGAUGCGGGAAAACUAUUUGUCUUGGACUCCUUGCUGCAGAGGUUAAAAAAUGAUAACCACAGGGUUUUGAUUUAUUCUCAAAUGACAAGGAUGAUAGAUCUGCUUGAGGUAAUUUCUGGAAGCCUGGCCUGGUAUUAUUAAACAAUUUAUUUUACAAUUAGAGUAGGAUGAAUGCAUUUGUGUAAGUUAUGCUAAAAUAUUAGUAUUAUUUUUUAAAGAAUCAUAUGGUAAAGACUGUUUUCAAAGAAAUAAUCAGAACAAGAUUUUUUAAAGCUUAAAUAACAACAAGGGGAUGAAACAAACAAAUGUGUCAGCGAGAGUUAAGAAGGAUAAUACAAUAAUACAUUUAUAGUCAAUUAUUUCCAUUAUUUAUUUGUUUUACUUUGUAAAAAUUUGUUUAGCUUCAAUUAAAUGAACUUACUCUACUUUCCUUCCUAGGAAUACAUGUGGUACAGAAAGCAUACAUACAUGAGGCUUGAUGGAUCCUCGAAAAUCUCUGAACGUCGUGACAUGGUGGCUGAUUUCCAGUCUCGUUCAGACAUUUUUGUUUUCCUCUUGAGUACGAGAGCUGGUGGCUUGGGCAUCAAUCUGACAGCAGCUGAUACUGUAAGUGCCCCAGUCAAUGAAACCAGAUAGCUGUAAAGAAAUAUUUACAUUUGUUAAAAGUUAAUGCAAAAUAAAUACACAAUUUAUUUACAAAGAAAACAUUCAGUGAGUAUGAAAGUUGUUUAAAUUUAAAGUUGUGGUUUUGUAAUUUCAGGUGAUAUUUUAUGACAGUGACUGGAAUCCAACAGUUGACCAACAAGCCAUGGACCGUGCUCACAGGCUUGGUCAGACCAAGCAAGUCACGGUCUAUAGGCUUAUAUGUAAAGGUACCAUUGAGGAAAGGAUAUUACAGCGAGCUAAAGAGAAGAGUGAGGUAGGAAACUUAACUGUUUAAAUCUUUGUGUUAGCACUAUAGGAGUGGUAACAUCACAAAUUAUUAGUUCUCAAGUGUUUGAGCAAUUCUAUGAUUUGGAAAAGAAACAGAAAUUCCUCAACGAAAUAUUAAAUGUUUUCUCUUGCGGAGUAUAUAAAACUAUAUUAUAUUUGUUGUUUUCUAUAGCCUAUAAAAUUUAAAAAAUUUUCUCUUUAUUUACUGUAUAUUUUAAAACAAAUAAAUUCACCAUUUCUUUUUUGUAGAUUCAAAAAAUGGUGAUAUCUGGUGGCAGCUACAAGCCUGACUCACUGAAGCCAAGAGAAGUUGUGUCUUUACUUAUUGAUGAUGAUGAAAUGGAAAAGAAAUGUAAAUUGAAAAAAUAAUUAAAUAAUUGAGCAACUUAUUGACAGCACUUGAUAUAACAGCACAAUGGGAUUACUGAGCAAUGCUAUGACAGGACAAUAGCUUUUCCCAUUUCAGAUUUUGUGUGAUGAGAUUCCUGAAAAUUAAUCAUUUCAAAGAAGGCAAUUUUAUGUAACUUGAACUUAAAAGAGAAGAAUCAAACUAAUACUUAUAUGUAAAAAGGUUUAAACCUCUUGCUCAAUUUUCCAAACCAUUUAAAUUAGUGGUGCAGAUAGUGUAAACAUAAAAAGUAAUGGCAACGAAUUUUCAUUUCUUUGGAUCAAUAAUGGAAUCAUUUCCUAUCUUCUUAUAUCUCACCUUGAAAAUCUGUUCAUUGGCCAAGACUAAAAAUGUUUUUUCUUUCUUUCAGUACUGACACGACAGUUUGAAAAAAUUGGAGAUGAUCCCAACAUGGGCACAAUAUUUAGGAAGAGGAAGCGAGAAUAUAAGGUUGGAUACUAUGUGUGAAUAUGUUUCAUUUAAUUAAAAUUUCAAACUUUCCCCCAUUCUAAUUGGUUGUAAAAUUUAUAAAAAUUAAUUUUGGUGAAAGCAGUGUUAUCUAAACAAUCGCUCUCUGAGAACAAAAUGUCUCAUGUAAAAUGCCUCUAGAAAUGCUUUAGAGCAGAGGGGACCCCUUUAACUUGUUCGAGAAGUUUACUUUUGUUAUCAUUAACCAGGGUGCAAUUUAAUAUCUUGGUGUGCUUUGAGCUUGAUGAGAAUGCUAUUGUAAUCCUUUUAAUUUUAUUGUGAAUAGACCCUCAAAAUUAUUCACUCUAAGUGGCAGAGUAAAUGUUGUCUUUGAAAUGAUUCCUUCAUGUCCAUUUGCAGAAACGAGAAAGUACUAAAAAGAAAUCUGUUGUUGAAGAAAUUAACUUGACCAUUCCUGCCCCUGACACAGAAUCUAUAGCAAGCAAGGACUCCAUGCCAGCCAGUCCAGUAAGCUUGGGGAUGAGAUUCUUGCCCUUAAUUAGUAUAUGUUGCCUGAUUUAGAGAAGUAUACUUUCGCCAUGAAGAGUUUUAUAAUUAUUUUACAAAUGUGUAAUAAAAACAAUGUUGUUGAAAUGCUACCGAAAGUAAACAAUAAUUUACUUCUACGCAUGCACAAGUAUGAAUUUUUAAAACAUUUCUUUAACUUUAAAUAUUUCCCGAUAUCCAAUCUAAAUCUUCUGAAUUUAUUAAACUGCUAUAUAGUGUGCUAAUGAAUUAAAAAAUGAUGCCUUUGACUCAGCAGUUAAUUGGAUUGUAAGGAUAUUUAUUAUUUCAUGAUUUAAGUAUUUACCACGCAGUAAAUCUAGGUCAGACCUGUGAAAAAUGCUUUAUUUUCAACAUAAGCCAACUCAAUACAUGUUAAGAGGUCAAUGAAUGUUGACAGUUAUAUAUAAACACAAACUUUGGUAUAAAUGGCUUAUAUCACCUUGUACAUUUAUUAAAUUUUCAGAUGUCAGUUGGCAGUGAGGCCAUGUUCAUGCCUGCUCAGGAAGACAGCAAUGAUGGCGGACUGGUCAUUGUGGAUGAUGGCAGUCACACUUUGUUCCCACCAGGUAUGGUUUGAUGACCUCAAUUAGAGCAGUUUGUUAAGAAAACAAGUUUUUUGUUUGUUGUGUUUUUAACUUCAGAAACCAGAAAAAGCUGUUUGGGUAACAGUUUAUAUGACAAAUAUUUGUAUAUUCAGAUGACUGGAAGAAUAAAUGUGCACAAUGACAAGUCAUUGAAAUUUUGUAAUAUAUAUAUGGGUAUAUAUCAUUUUUUUUUUAAAUUUAAAAACUUAGUUACUAUUUCCAAUUUUGAAAUCUGAAAACUUUUCAGUUUUCUCCCUUGCCAAGGAAUGUCCAGCAUGCAAUUAGGGGUUUUAACCUUGAUGUGGAAUAUUGUUUUGUAGAAAUUAUUAUUUUACAUGAACAUGGAGAGUUAAUUUUUAUUUCAUCCACAAGUAACAAGCACACCAAUCCAGACCCCAAAAAGAGGGAGAGGCAGAGGAAGACCAAGAGGUACAGGUGUAGGCAAGCGACCUAGGGGCAGAGGCAGUGCCAAAAAAGCCAUGUCUGCUGCUGAGAUAGCCGGUGCCCAUGCUGGUAUGACCGCUGCUUAUGCUGCCUACGGGUACAAUUUUACAGGAAAAGGUGAUGAUAUUUUUAAUCAAUUUUAGCUAAGAUCUCAUGGGGUUUGAAAAACUCACAAGUGUAGUAGGUUAAAAUAGUUGCAUAUUUAUUGAAGCUGAGCUCAGUUUGGGAAAAACCUUGCCAUUUCUAUUUCAUCAGUUUUUCUAAAGAGUUCAAAUUAUUGCAAAUAUUUCAGUCACAGAUCCAAGAAUAAAAAAUAUGUCUGACAAAGGCAAAAAUAUAGCUUGCUGUCAAUGCUUUAACAUCAUUUUGCUGUUGGAUGGUUGUUCUUGGCACAAGUAAUGCCUUUAUUAAAAAGUCAAAAAUAACAUACCACAUCUCUCCCUCCUCCCCCUCCCCCCCCUCCCCCCCCCCCCCCCCCCUCUUUCCAAAUUAUAAAAGAUGAUAUUUUAUUUAAUUUCCAAGAUAAAUUUUUUUAUCUCAUGCUUGACUUCAUAAAUAUGAUUAUAAAAACCUAUGAAUAAGAAAAGAUUAGCAAAGUGUUGUGAAAUGAUCCAAGACAGGGCCAACUGCUAAAUUUAUCUUAAAAGCUUUUGAAAUGUGGUGCAGUAAUCAGUUGGAUUGAACUGUAUGAUACCCAUCCUGACACCCAUCUUGUCGUAGUUCUAACAAAGGAACUUAUUAAAACGCUUAUUUGGGACAUUUUUUUUUACAUUUUCUAGAAAUAUUAUUUUGUUGACAGUUUCUUGUGAAAUAUUUAGCCAAAUUUGGACUUGUAUUUCAUUCAGAGUGCCAGCUUACCAUACUAGACACAUAUAUUAGUCAUUUGUUAUCAUUCACUUGAUCUUCCGCAUGUCACUGAAAAUAGCUUUGUGUAUGCCACGUCUGGCAAAGGUGUCAUGGGAUUAUCAACCCCUGUUCUAAAUAUGCAGAGAAAAAAGAUGGUUUAGUUACACAGUUUAUCUCUAGUAACAGUGCCAUGUAACUGUAACAAUUGUUUUAAUAUAUUUCAGCUCCAGGACAAGGGAAAGGCUCUGGCAGCAUGGGAUCACAAAAUUAGCAUGUGUUACAGUGGAUUGUAAUAGUGUGUUGAGAUGGUGUAUUUGUUAUGGUUUUUAAGAUGGUUUGUUACCUGUAAUGGAGUGUUAGGAUGGUGUGCUCUUAUGGUGUUUUAGAUGGUUAGCUGUAAUGGUGUGGUGUUUGUGGAUGGCUGGUUUGUGGUGGUGUUAUGAUGAAAUCUGUUACCUGUAAAUAUUAUUCUUGUUUGGUUAAAAUAAAAUAUUACAUUUGUUAGAUAUGUUGUCUCCACUUGACAGGCAGGGCUUGAAAAUAAGAGCUGUUGUAAAUUAAUUUUUUUUUUUUUUUUACAAAGACAUUGCAUGGCUGCUUUUGACAUUGAUACUUCUUGUAAAGUAUUUAAAAUGUGUUUUACAGUUUAAUUUAAUUUAACUUUUUAAAAAGUUUUAUUUUCAUCUUGACACUUUGAAGAGGUGAGUGUAAAAAAAAUUUCAUCUGUAUCAAAUCAUUGAAGAUGUAUAUUUAUGAAAUGUUAUUGA